AUGGCGGUAUCAUCAUUCGAUGUGACGGCCAUUAGGGCCCAAUUCCCAGCCCUUGCACAAAAGCAGGUCUUCAUGGACAAUGCCGGUGGGGCUCAAGUUCUCAAAUCAGUCAUCACGGCCAUAUCAGACUACCUGUCUCUCAACAAUGUUCAGCUUGGCGCCUCAUACCCAGUCUCUCAGACUUCGACGACAAAGUUCAAUGAGGGCCACGAAGCAGGGGCAAAGUAUAUCAACGCCUCACCAGAGGAGGUGGUCUUUGGUCCCUCGACGACUCAAUUGUUUCGAAAUCUGUCAAUCGCUUUGAAGAUUGAUCCCGGGUCUGAAAUCGUCUUAUCGAAUCUCGAUCACGAAGCAAACCUUGCCCCUUGGGUCCAAUUGGCAGAGUGGAAAGGGCUCACCAUCAAAUGGUGGAUUCCGACUGAAAACACCAACUCGAAUCCCAAACUGGAGCCUGAAGACUUGAGGGCAUUGCUGACGUCCAAGACACGAUUAGUCUGCUGUACGCACACUUCCAAUAUCUUGGGUACUAUCACAGACAUCGCGGCCUUGUCAAAAGUCAUUCACGAGACGAAUCCAAACACCUUGCUCUGUGUCGACGCUGUGGCGUAUGCUCCUCACGCCGCAAUUGAUGUCAAGGCCCUCGGCGUGGAUUUUUACUCCUUUUCGUGGUAUAAGGUGUACGGACCUCAUGUGUCCAUGCUCUACGUCCGUGAGAAAGCGAUGUCACAGCUCCAGAGCCUCGGCCAUUAUUUCAAACCCGGAAACACAGUGGAGGAAAUGCUGGGUCUUGCUGCGGGCAAUUAUGAAUGUGUCCAGUCCAUACCGCAAGUUGCGGCAUAUAUUGAUCAAGUGGGUUGGGACUCGAUAGCUGUGCAGGAAGAGACAAUCCAGGAGAUAUUCCUGUCGUACCUGCGAUCAAGGCCAGAUCAAAUCAAGAUCUAUGGGGAGCCUUCUUCGAAUAGAAAAUUGAGGGUACCGGUUAUAAGCUUCAGGGUCAAGGGCCGGAGUUCACUGGGAAUUAUUGACGCCAUUGAGGCAAAGUCUCCGUAUGGGUGCCGCAGUGGGCAUUUUUAUAGCAAGCGUCUUUGCGAGAAUGUGCUUGCUAUACCUGACAGUGACGAUGGGGUGGUCAGAUGUUCGCUUCUCCAUUAUAAUACGGUGGAGGAAGUCGAGGGCCUGGUGAAGGUGUUGGAUGAGGUUAUUAAACAGGGAGCAGAAAACGGUGUCCAGGCUGCCAAGUAG